GCCCAAGGCCGCACUCGCUGUCUGGUUUGUGGCCUCAGCGUGUCAGUCCGACACGGGGUCCACCCGACUUGUCACCCCUCACUCCGGGCCGCCAUCAGCUACCCACUUUCCGGGAAAUUCAGCAAGGCGCCACGCCAACUCUCCGCCAUGUGCCGCGCAGUGCCCGCCACUUGUGGAGCCAGACCCUGGCACGAGCCCUUGCCGCCGUCGUGCACCACUGGAAGAAACUCCUGAUGCUGCCUCGCUGUGUCCUCGGCGUCCCAGCCCGUGGCGGCCGCAAGCAUGCCAAAGCCAGCGCUGCCUAUACCUUGGACCGCCUCCACCAGUGGCAGCAGGGCGAAAGGCACAGCCUGUGGAACUCGCGUGGGCAACUCCCCGGCUCCGGGCGCAACAAACCAUUGACUGCAGAGGAACGGCGGACCUUGGCCACAUCCCUGACUCGGGAAGGGUUCGACCGGAAAGCUUGCAACGCCCUGCUUUCACAGGGUCUUUGUCCUCAGACUGCUGAAACGGCGCAGGCACUUCAAGCCCUUCAUCCAGCACAACCUCCGCCCACCACUCCUGACGUGGCAGCUCAACCCCUGGCCGCGGUCUUGGUGCCUGAGGCGAUUGCACGGGCUUUGAGAAGCUUCCCGUCCGACACUGCUGCCGGCCCUUCUGGCCUUCGUGUUCAGCAUCUUCGGGAAGCGUGUGCGGCUGGCUCCACCGAAGCUUUGCUGCAGCAACUUUGUGGGGUGGUGAGCCUGUUGGCGCAAGGCCAAGCUUGCCCUGCCGUUGCGCCUAGUUUAGCUGGUGCCAGCCUGGUUGCCCUCCCCAAGCCCACUGGCGGCGUCCGGCCCAUUGCUGUUGGCGAAAUCUUGCGGCGCUUGACUGCAAAGUGUUUGAUGGAAGCUGUGCGCGAUGAUGCGCGGCAACACUUUGCUCCUGUGCAGCUUGGGGCUGCGAUUCCCGGCGGAGCCGAAGCGGCGGUCCACACCGCUAGAGCUUGGUACGACCGCAACAAAGGGCAACCAGGCAAAGUGCUGGUGAAACUGGACUUCAAGAAUGCCUUCAACUUGGUGUCUCGGCAGGCUGUGCUGGACGCUGCGGCUGCUCGCUUUCCUGCUCUUUUGGAAGUGCACACCUGCUUUCCGCAGGGGCCGCUGGACAUGGCUUUCUUCUACCUCGAUGAUGGCGUGGUAGCUGGUGAUGCUGCGGCUGUCGGCGCUGCCUUAGCUCACAUCCAAGCUCAGUCAGCGAUGCUUUUGUCGCUGCGCACACAGCAGAGCGGGAAAGCGGCGUCCCAACUCCUCGAUGCCAUCAGUGGCCUGGAUGACCCGCAGCUCGGCCUCCGCUUGCUUCGCUCCAGUGGCGGCCAUUGCCGACUGGUCCACAGCAUGCGGUGCACGCCGCCGGCUGCCCAGCUUGACAGCUUCAAGGCUUUUGACCAAGGAGUACGUGCUUGCUUUAGCAGCUUGACGGGCCUGCACCCCACAGAUGCACAAUGGCAGCAAGCUGCUCGGGGAUUUGACCAGGCUGGGCUGGGGCUGCGCUCUACCCACUUGGAUGGGCCAGCCGCCUACUUAGCCUCUCUUGGCAAAAGCCGCACCUUAUGUGGCCAGCUUGCUCCCAGCUUCUCGAACGCGGAAACCCUGGCAUCAUCACAUGCAGCAGCUGCUUUACACCUCUACAAUGGUCACCUUCCAGCUGCUCAGCAAGCCACUUUGCUCACAAGCUUGGGCCAACAACAGAAGCAACUCACCAAAGUACUGGAUGCUGUUGGCUGGGAAGCCCAACUUUCGGCUUCUUCUCUGACUGGAAGGGCCCUCCUCCUCUCCGAAGCUGCUCCUGGGGCACGGGCGUUCCUGGCUGCUCGCCUGCAUGGCCAGCUCUGCCUGGAGCCAGCUGUUUUUGUCACGGCGCCAUCGCCUUGGCAUCCCUGUGGGGAACGUACGUUGCGGCACCAUGCUCUCCGUGACACUAUCUACAAGUGGGCUGAGAGCCAGAACGGGAGAAGCCUGGUUUGCUCCUUCCCCAGCGCCCAGAAGAAACCGGCCUUGGGCGGCGCCGGCCCGCCGAUGUCUUCCGGUCGGAGAGUUUACGUGAGGCUAGCUGCAAGACCGGGGCCGCAGCGGAUUCUUAUGCAGAAGUCAAAGCAGCCCACCUUCGCACAGCCCAGCUCUGUGAGAAGAUUUCAACCACUGGUUGUUGAAAGCACCGGAGCUUGGUCAACCUCGGCUUCACACAACCUCCGGCUCCUGGCCCGUGCAACGGCAGCCAGGGAAGGAGAAGAUGCUACUGCCUGCCAGGCGCAGCUUCUACAAGAGCUUUGCAUCACUGCCCGCCGCUUCCGCGGUCGGGCAGUUUUGCGUCGCCGGGCCGAACUCGCCAGCUCUGGGGACAUUGACAUUGCCAGACCGGCUGCUGCCUUGCUUCUGGCUGCUGAUCCUGGACGCUAG